GUUUUUUGUUUUUAACAAAAUAUUUAAAAUUUUAGUACUAGUGUACACAAAGAAUUUUGUAAGACGCCUUAAAAUUGUUUAUAUAGUUGACUUGGGACCCAAAAAUAUACCUGUGUACACACUACCUGAGUAAAUUGCCCUGGGAAACCCUAGAUGGUGGGGGUUAGCAGUACCCUCUCGUCCCCUCCCUCCCAGUUUCUCCUCACAACCUCAGUCUGCUUCCAGCAGUCAUGACAUGCUAGUCUUGUGCUCGCAGUGCUCUAGUUAUAAGACUGUGUCUAGUUCGUCUAGUUCGUUUUCCCUGGUCACUGGUUACUUCUGUUAGCUCGCCUAGCAGUGUGCCAAGAAUAUACCUUCAAAGGACUUUCGCUACAAAUGGAUUAUCUUAUGAGUGCAGCUAUGAACUCAGACGGUUAUUUGGCAAGAUUGGGCGGGGGGAUGGCCAGCAGUUAUCUCAAGGGUACAGGGAUGCAGCCAAUGCACCACCAGUAUCAUCAUGGCCACGUUCCAACUCUAACUACGCAUUUCGGCCUCACCCAUCAUCUAGACUCGCCCUUACCCUACCCACAAGGUAUGAACCCGAGAAAGCAAAGGAGAGAGAGGACGACGUUCACGAGGGCGCAGCUCGACGUACUGGAAUCCCUCUUCGCCAAGACGAGGUACCCGGACAUCUUCAUGAGGGAGGAAGUCGCCCUCAAGAUCAGCUUACCAGAAUCGAGAGUACAGGUUUGGUUCAAAAACCGAAGGGCCAAGUGUCGCCAGCAACUGCAACAACAGCAGGCCGCUGCAGCCAACAAGCAAAGUCCUCCUGGAAAGGCUCCAGUGAAAGGCAAGUCACCCCAGUGCUCUCCACUGGGCCUCUGUGAAGUGAAGAGCGAGCCUGGCAAAGGUUGUUCUCCAUUGGGCUCAGCUCCAAGUUCAGGCGUAGGCACACCUUCACCACCACUGGCAGCUGCUUACCCUCAACAUGAUAUUCAGUCAUGGUGCUGGAGCCAGCAGGGCUAUCCUCCACAAAGUUACUCCUACUAUGGCCAUGAAUACUUCGCUCCAGCCCCUAGCACCUCCCAGGGGUAUUCUGGAGCAAGUGGCUAUGAAUACCAAUACCGUGGACAAGACUGUGCUCAUGAACCUCCUCCUCCUCCUCCUCCUCCUCCUCAUUCACAUUCUCAUGGAUACCAUGUAGUCUAGUCAGUCACUGUUAUCUCUACACCGAUUGUUAACAAACGUUUCUUCACCUGUUUGGUUUGUUCCUAGAAGAGGGUGAUCAAUUUCUUUUUCUAGUUACUUUGCGUUAUUAAACGCACACUUCUCUGAAUGUAUAUUCGAAACGUUUGAAAUAGAUGAUGUAAGUACAUUUAAACGGACAAAUAUAGAGUAACAGCAUCGUCUUUCAAUUUAAUUUUCUUAUUCUCAGUUACGUAUUAUAAUUCUUUAUUUUUUUACAUAGUAGAUUUUUUUUGUAUUACACGUAAGAUUAGUUUCACGACACUGCUCUCUGAAACUUUAUUUCUGUAAAGUUUAUUUAAGUGUUUUUGUACAUAUACAUAUGUACAUAUAAAUAUAUAUAUAUUUAUAUAUAUAAAUAUUUAACUUUAUAAUAAGAGUUUUGUUUAUUAAAGUAGUAACUGUAAUAAGUUGAUUUAGGAAAAACCUUGAAUGAAGAUGAUGUGAUAUAGUAUUAAAAUUUAAUUUCUGAAAUUUAAUAUUAAUUAGAAAGACAAUUCAAGCAAAAGAAUUUGCCUGUAGUUAGUUCAUAACUAUUUUUAUUAAGUAGAUUAAAUUUUCAAUUUUUUUUUUAAUACUGAUUGUUUUGACAUGAAUAGAUAAUAAAAAAAAUUAUUAAUUAUGAUUCUUUCCCAGUCUUUAUUGUUUUGACUUAUAGAA